ACCUGGGCCUCAACCCCUUUCGGUAAUUGAAGCAUCGCCUCUGUAUUCUUUGUAGACCUGGCUGAAGUUAGGAUCACUGAUAACUCUUUUCCAAACCAUCGUCUCUUCGGCUUGGAAGGAUUUUUUUACCCUCUCCCUAACACUCGCUGCGUCUUCUCUCUAUUCGACCAUUACCCUAUAUUUCCGUCCCCAAUCGACAUAUUGAAUUGUCUCGUUGACGAAGACGACGACGAUCGUUUCUAUACUUUUCGCGAACAACGACAACGGACGACGAAAUUCCGUCAAUUACUGUUACCUCGCUUUAAUCUCGUACACUAUCAUCAUUAAUCAUGUCCAGAACCCAACUACAGCCUCUGCAACUUAAUUCUCUUCCUAAAGCCCAUGAACACGACGAAUAUACUGCACGGCCGGGAGGAAAUCGUAGUGCUCCGUCAUGGAAUACCGCUCCGAAUAACACGUCUUCGUCGAGAUCUUCCAUGUCUGGCGAAGAAUCUUCCUCUUCCGCAAUCGAUCCCACUCCUGGUCUCCCCCUUGGCCUUUCUAGACCGUUGAACCAAAUUGAACAAGAAAAGCUGGCCCAGUUGGACAGGCUAAAGUUUUUUCUUGCUACCGCUCCGAGUCGAUGGGACUCUAAUGGUUCGAAUGCUUCGAGUUCAUCUUCAGAUCCAUAUCUCAACAUGGGAAUGGGAAUGAAUAGCGGUCUCAACAUUCCACAUCAUGCUCCUACACAUCCAGCACUCAACCGUUUUCUCCUCCCAACCCAGGAGUACGUAACAUGUGUGCUUUGGAACGGACUCUACCAUAUCACUGGGACAGAUAUCGUCAGGGCUCUGGUGUUUAGGUUCGACGCUUUUGGCCGGCCGGUACGCAAUAUGAAGAAAUUUGAGGAAGGUGUCUUCAGUGACUUGCGGAAUUUGAAACCCGGGCAGGAUGCGAGCUUGGAAGAGCCCAAGUCACCUUUCCUAGACUUGCUAUUUAAAUAUCAGUGCAUCCGAACGCAAAAGAAACAAAAAGUAUUCUACUGGUUCAGCGUUCCUCACGAUCGACUUUUCCUGGAUGCUCUCGAAAGGGACCUCAAGAGAGAAAAAAUGGGUCUUGAAUCGACGACACAAGUCGUGGGAGAGCCCGCUCUUAGCUUUGUCUACGAUGGCGCAUUCAAACGUUCUCUUUACGAACAGUUUGUCAAAGCUGCAGGUGGCAAAGAAGGCGAAGGAGAACUCGAGCGAGUUGUUAGGGGACUGGAAGAGGGUGAUGCCAUCGGAUUUAACGGCAACAAGGAGGGAAAUGCACAUGCUGAGGCUGGAAUGAGUAGUGAUGCUGAUAAUGACCCGAGCGGUGACGAGAGUGCUAGCUCUUCCGAUGUUGAAGGGUUAAAUCAUCGGAAUCAAAGGGGAGUAGGCGCUCCUGCAGCCGACAACCCGAAUUCACCAUUCUUCAACAUGUUUUCGCUGUUCGAAGGCAGUCCUACCUACAAACAACGCAGAAAAAAGCCUAGUAGGCCCUCUGCCCUGUCCUCCGCUGCUAUGGCCUCGACUACCUCUGCCCAGCAUGGUAUAGUAACAGAGGGAAUCGCAUCGAAUGGCGACAUUGUACGAGGAAGGUAUGACAUGCGAACUAUUAAUGGAACACCCAAUUCAUCCGUAUCCUCUGUCAAUCGAUAUUCUUAUCCGCCUUCUGGCGAGCAAUAUGCUUUAUAUCCUACUGGAAGCACUUACAGUCAUGAUCCGCGAGCCAACAUUGGAUAUCAUCCUAGUUCAAGUCCCCCAAACACAACUCAAUAUCCCAUUCUUCACAAUUCCUAUGGAAUGGACGUUGGCUACGGACAGGGAGAAUAUUCGUCGAAUGUAUCCGCCGGCGUGAGAGUGAAGCAGGAGUCCAUUAGCGCCGCCGAUAUGUUCUUAAUGCAAGCUCGGGGGGGAUUGCCCAACGUGCCAUUUGUAGAGUCCCGGGCUACGAAGAGGCAUAGCUACGCUGGAUCAAGUAUGGAAACCGGCACUAUCCCUGUUUGGCUGGAAGGAAAAUAUACAGGGGUAGACAUGGCUGCCUCAACGUCCACACCUCUUCCACCUUUCGCAAACCGAGGCAAAAGCAUGGAUCAUUCCAUGACCGUCUCAUCGCCCUAUAUACAAGCACAACAGACAUCUUCUGCUGCUAGUCCUUACAUGAGCAAUGUCUCGAUGUCUGAAUCCCCUCCUCGUAGUUCUACGGUCUCAAGUCCCCGUGACAGCAGAGGUUCCCCUAUAUCUACAUCUGGCUCGCCUUCUUCGGUACCCCCCGCCCCCGAAGUCCCCGCUACACUCCCUAACCCUAUCACUAUACCCGGUACUUCUUCAUCCGGAGCGGCAACGACGACGAAAGCAUAUGCAUGCCCUUUGCUUUCCUGCGGUCGGCUCUUCAAGCGUAUGGAGCAUCUGAAAAGGCAUCUCCGUACACACACACUGGAGCGGCCAUUCAUUUGCACCAAAGAUGGCUGUGGCAAAAGGUUCUCACGAAGUGACAAUCUCAGCCAGCACCUGCGAGUUUGCAAAGGAGGUAAAUCUCACAAUGAUACUGAGACUAGCGAUAAUGCAAAUAUUGAAGGGGACAGUCUUGGGCUUAGCGGCAUGGAAUGGGGCGUCAACGUCGGGGAGUGGAUCAAUUCUGAAAUGGACGAAGAAGCUCAACCGAGCGUGUUUUCUGCGAACAGAGGUCGUGCAACUCAUGUGGAUGCGGAUAUGGACGACACACUGUCAGAGCAACCUUCGACUGCUGAUAUCGGAGUUGGAUUGAACAUGUUCGGUGGCUCAGGCGGACUAGGGAUGGGCAUGGGUAUGAGCACAAGUGUCAAUGGUAAUAAUGAUUACAAUUCUUAUCCCUCUUCCAUCCCGAGCUCUGUGGCUUCCCUGGACGUUCCCAUGGAACUUUGCGAAGUCGAGCUUACCGGAGAUGUAAGAGAUGUACAUGGCGAUGAGGAGGGUUUGGUCCGUGUCCAUGUGCGCGGAGAAUCUGGCGAUGAAGGUUAUUUCACCGGCGAUUCAAAUUACAACACAGUACCAAAUUCAGAUCCUUAUAAUCAACGGCCAUCCCAACAAUUUUAUGACACUGCGGGUUACGUCGCACAUCGACCUCAGCAUCAUUCCUCACUUGACUCUCAUUUUCUCCAAUCCAAUACCCGUGACCUCCGUGCACCCUCCCCUCGUCAAUCGCUCGAUUCACAUCUUGAUGCACAAUCUCAAUGGGCUUUACGUGGAACACCUUCCCCCGCUUUUAGCACUAUUUCUGUUCCUUCGCUCAGUCCUAACAGAACAUCCUGGGGUGCGGGCUCUGUGCCAAGACCUCAUCCGCCGUACUCGAGACAGCACCUGAAUGGAACUAAUGAAGUUGAAUACAGUAUGGAGGAUCCGUCUGUCUCCCAUCACAGAGGUUCUGCUAGCUUGCCAGUCCCAGGCAUGAAUCUUUCAGUUUCAGCUCCCUCACAUAAGCUUGCCUUUGAUCAUAGCAACUUGUAUCCUCAAGGUAUGCCAGAGCCGUCAAGUGCUUUAUUUGCGGCAUCCAUGGGUGGUUUAAGCGUGGAUUCGUCUACAGCCGGGGGUCCAGUCAGGAGACAUCGGAGCAUGACACCUAGCUUGAUGAGAGGCGCAGAUGGUGGUUUUGUGAGGAGGCCCACAAGUGGUGGGGGCUCUGGCGAUAACAUGACUUCGAGCAUUUAUCAUCCUUAUGCCAGUAGCAGCCGAGCCAGUAGUUUGAGCAGAGGCGGGGGAAGUGUGCAUUCAAGCCCGGCUGGUCAUUCAAUGCCCCUUCCCGGAAUAGGAAUGCAAAGAAGUGAGAGUCGAGCCUCUAGUUUGAGCGUAGAAGUGUCAGGGUCGGAUCAUCUUCACCAAGCUCGACAGAUGCUAUCUAGACCUGGUUCAGUGGACCCGAGUGCUUCAUCCUCGAACAGUUAUCCAGGGGAAGUAUAUCGAACAGAGUCGCCUGCUCCGUUUGUCAAUCACCUGCCGAUAGGACCUGGUCAGGUUACUGACAGUCCGGGCACAUUCGUUGUGGACUUACCUCGGCCUGGCUCUUCGUAUCAACACCCUUCCCAUAUACACUCUGCCACAGUUCCAGCCCAGUUUGGGAUGUCAGUACUAGAUGAGCAAUUCAGCAUGCAAGGCGUGAAUUCCAGCGCCGGUAAUGGGGGUUUCUAUCCGCAACAUGUUAGUACCAUAUAAAUGGAAGAGGAAAGAGAAGGAAGGUUUCAAGAACGUCGCAUCAGAAAGUCAAUCGCGUGCACACCAGGUUGAUUCUAAUCGUUUCCAACACAACUCUUGUCCGAUAUUUCUGCCCACCGUGCAUUUCUUCUGUGGUUUAUUUAACUUCUAAAUCUUAGCCUAUCGCUCAGAUGCUCUACCCAAGUAUUCUAUCCACCAAAUAAUGAUGUAUAUUCUUCGAUCCUGCUGUAA